AUGGCCUAUCUUUUAUUGUAUGUGGAUGAUAUUGUGCUAGCCACCUCCUCGGACUCCCUCAGGACCCGCAUCAUCACUCUUCUUCGGUCCAAGUUUGCUAUGACUGAUCUGGGUCCCCUCUCAUACUUCCUUGGGAUAUCGGUCCAGCGCACCUCCCAGCAUAUGUUCCUCUCUCAGCGCAAAUAUGCCGAGGAAGUUCUUGCCCGUGCUAACAUGUCUUCCUGCAACCCUUCUGCUACACCUGUUGAUACUCAGGCCAAACUCAGCGCCUCCAGCGGUCCUCCCAUCAAGGACCCCACUCUCUAUCGUCAGCUUGCAGGUGCCCUCCAGUACCUGACAUUCACUCGUCCUGACAUCUCUUAUGCCGUUCAGCAGAUUUGCCUCUUUAUGCAUGACCCUCGUGAGCCUCAUUUUCAUGCCCUCAAGCGUAUCCUUUGA